CGGCCCAGGCCCUGCUCCCGCUGGAGCCGCCCCGGGCUCUGCCCGCCCCGCUGCGGAGCUGCAGCCUCCAGGCUAUAGAAUAACGUCCACGUUUUGCUCCACAUCAUCCCGUCCUCCCAGGGGGAAGGAAAUGGCUGCACUGGAGCUGGCUCAGGGGCCGGUGACUUUCGAGGAAGUGGCUGUGUAUUUCACCAGGGAAGAGGGGGCUCUGCUGGACCCCACUCAGAGAGCCCUCUACAGGGAUGUCAUGGAGGAGAACUAUGAGACGGUGGUAUUGCUGGCUGCAAAUUUUUCAAGCCUCCCUCCUCUGUCCCGAAGGCUAUCUCAGAUAAGGUGGCGGAAAAAAAGGACGCAAGACGAAAUGUUCUUGGAAAUCUUGGAAUCCACCCGCAAUGAAAGAGCUCAUCUGAAUGAGUAGAAGGACACGGUAUCAAAGUACAGGAAAGAUGCCAGUGAAUGUGAGGCCAUGGGGGACGCUCAAAAUGAGAGGUGGCAGGCUGCAAUGCUGGGGCUGCUGCGUGAUCAAACGGACAUGCUCCGGCAUCUGGUGGAGCUUCAGGAACAGCAGCAAGAGCACAGAGUGCUGCUGCAGCCGCUGUAUAACUUCCCUC